GCCGGCUGGAAUGCGUUGUAUCAAAUGACACGGCGACUGAUGGCUCUGUGGCUUCUGGAACAUACACUCAGACAGGCAGGCGGUGUGGCCAAAGGACCGGUUUAUUAGAUGUAAUGGUGAUAGUUCAAUUAGUCCGUGUGCGAUCGUGGUCGAUGCAGGAGCUCUUCGUUGUAGCGGUGGUGAAUUCCGUUUCCAAAAGUCAAUACUUUUAGUCCCUUAAUAACCGUGGAUAACCGUGGCAAGCUCUCGAUGGUCAUGGUUGAUGAACGAACGCCAUUAACGUCGGAUCUUUCCGGUCCACUGCCGCUGGUGUCGGGUCCGUCGGGAAAUGUGCAUCACCUCAAGUCCCACGAAAGUGUUCGCGAGCGUCAAGUUCGAACGUUUCAGUGCUGGAUAUGUUCGGCCAUCAUGGGUGCAUUCGCGCUGGCGAUCGUGAUCAGCAUUAGUUACAUCAUAUUCGGCGAUGCGACGAAGCCGCCUCUCGAUGGGGCCAAUGCGACGGCGGCGGAUUUCCCUGAGCUCUUAAAUCUCAUUAGUUUCCCGCUGGUCGAUGAGCUGCCUCCCCAGUGGAAUGGGACGGAUGUGAGUGAAGAUGCAAAAGCGGCCGCAAUAGCGGAAGGCGAGAAGGCGCUCGGCGAUAAGGAGCUGUUGGAGGAGACGCUUUCGUCCCCCCCGGUUAACUCACCCUCCUUCCGCCAUCAGAAGUCGGUCGGUGCAACGGUUGCUGCACGGCUAGCGGCCAAGGUGGGAUUUGUGGAGGAUCGGGCUACGAAAGCGUUGGUGCGAAAGCUUGACAUCCGUCACCGCGGUUCGGUUGGUCGAGGGCCGGUGAUGAACUUGCCGCGAACGCACCGUCAUCCGCAGUGUGAUUUUAACGCGCGCUACCGGUCGGCCAAUGGGACUUGCAACAACAAGGAGCGUCCGUACGAGUAUGGUGUCGCGAUGAUACCGUUCCGUCGUCAGUUGAAUCCGGACUAUGGUGAUGGCAUUUCGGCGCCACGUGCUUCCGUCGACGGUACCGAGCUGCCCAGUGCCCGCCAAGUUUCGCUGGACAUUCACCGCCCGUCGUACCACAGUGAUCCGAACUUUAGCGUAAUGCUAGCGGUGUGGGGACAGUUUCUCGAUCAUGACAUUACUUCAACGGCACUGAACCAGGGCGUCGAUGGGAAACCUAUUGAGUGCUGUGAUCCGGGGCAGCCCCAACACCCGGAAUGUUUCCCCGUUCCGCUGGGUCCAGGUGAUCCGUACUAUCAUCAGUACAAUGUAACCUGCAUGAACUUUGUACGCUCCGUACCGGCACCGACGGGUCAUUUUGGUCCGCGGCAGCAACUUAAUCAAGCCACGGCGUACAUUGACGGCUCGGUCGUGUAUGGUUCGGACGAGGAACGUAUGAAGAAGCUACGGACAGGGGAGGGUGGUCGACUACGAAUGCUCCGAACACCGGACGGUCGACAGCUGCUGCCCGUUUCGACUGAUCCGCUCGACGGGUGUAACGAACAGGAGAUGAAUGCUGCCGGCAAAUAUUGCUUCGAGUCGGGUGACACACGUGCCAACGAAAAUCUUCACCUUACCUCGAUGCACUUGAUCUGGGCCCGGCACCAUAACAGUCUGGCCGAUGGAUUAGCCCGCGUCAAUCCGCACUGGGACGAUGAACGGUUGUUCCAGGAAGCGCGGCGCAUACUUGCCGCCCAGAUGCAACACAUCACGUACGCUGAGUUUGUGCCGGUCAUUGUCGGCAAUGCGACGGCCGCCCGGAUGGAUCUGCUGCCCGAAUCGACCGGUCGCGAUGAUACGUACAACGCGUCGGUUGAUGCUUCGAUCGCGAACGUGUUUGCUGGGGCGGCCUUCCGGUUCGCGCACACGCUACUUCCGGGGCUGAUGAAAAAAACGCGCAAUCCAACGUCGUCCAGCUCGGGCAUCGAGCUACACCGGAUGCUGUUCAAUCCUUACUCGCUGUACGCACACGACGGGCUGGAUAAUGCGCUCGGUGGCGCUAUGAGCACAUCGUUGGCGAAAUACGACCAAUACUUCUCGACCGAGCUGACCGAGAAGCUGUUCGAGAAGGCGGACGAACAUCUGCUGCACAAUCAUCCGUGUGGGUUGGAUCUGGUGUCGCUCAACAUUCAACGCGGUCGGGAUCAUGGACUGCCGGCCUAUCCCCGCUGGCGUAAGCACUGCCAUCUAACGCCGGCCGAUAGCUGGGCCGAGCUGGAGCGUAUCGUUGAUCCGGAGUCGUUCCGGCAGAUGAAGAGCAUCUAUCGCGACCCGGCCAAUGUGGACGUUUAUUCGGGUGCUUUGAGUGAGCCACCGGUGAAGGAUGGUAUUGUGGGACCGCUGCUUACGUGCCUGCUGGCCGAUCAAUUCUUGCGGUUGAAGCAGGGUGAUUCUUUCUGGUACGAGCGGCGACGAGGACCUCAACGGUUCACUGAAGGCCAACUGCAGCAAAUUUACGACACAAAGCUGUCGAGCAUUAUCUGCCGCAACUCGGACAACAUAGAGCAGUCGCCCGUUCACCUGAUGAAGCGCACCGACUCGCGGACGAAUCCCGAGACGGACUGCAAGCAGUUGGACACGUUCGACUUUGAACCGUUCCGCGAAGACAAGGACGCAGAACCGCAGCAUACUCGGUCCGCUAAAAUAGCAACCGAUCGGGUGAAGGUGCUUGUGAUGGAACCGAAGUCAGCCGGAACUACCACGACACGCACUACAAUCGAGCCGGAAAUGGUGGAGAGAGACAAGGCAACGGAUUCUACCACGAUGAUAACGACGACUGAGUCUCUGCCGACGACACUGUCGAAUACGGUUUCUGGGGUGUAAUUCUACGCUGCUGCGAUGCAUUCUAUUCCUCAGGAAAUGAAGGAUAUCUCCGUCGCAAAUAGAGGCAACCGGAAGCCUUACUUUUGAGCGUACUUACAGCGUUACAUGUUCUUUUACUCAUGUGGAAUUCACUGUUCCACAGGCGCAUCAGUGCAAUGAAGAAUGAACUUCACAAACAAUUAAUUUCGAUAAAUUUUCCAAUAAAACAGAAGAAAACGAAGAAAAGGA